AUGUCUACUACGUUGACUUGCCAGCGUCUGACUGCUGUGUAUAGAUCGUCGCCCCAUCAUUUAUCAUUCUAUCUGUUACGACCAGUCAAUCUCUCGCGUUUCCAAAACUGCCGAACAUAUGCUUUACCACGUGUUGCCCAACCCUCCGUAUGGCACUCAAUCAUUCCAAAGGCUUUCCGAAGCCCGGAGACCUCGCGAGUACCAGCCAAGCCUCAGCGUUCGAAGGACUGGAACCCCGCAACAUUUUUCAUCUGCAUCUUCCUCAUCAUCGGGUCAAACGCUAUUCAAAUGCUCACACUGAAGAACGAGUACUCGACUUUUAGCCGGAAAGCUGAUGCCAAGAUCAAUCUGCUGAAAGAUGUUCUGGAUCGAGCGCAGCGUGGGGAUAACGUGGAUGUUGAGAAGGUUUUGGGCACUGGAGACGAGGAGCAGGAGCAGGAGUGGAGAGACGUAUUACGCAAUGUUGCAGAAGUAGACCAACUGUGGCAAGCCAAGGACCGCAAACGGGGGGGAAGUGGGCGGCCAAAAGAGCAGGAGCUGGACGCCGAAGCAGAUGGUGCUGACAAGGUCGCUGAACAGGGGGCUGCUGGCGAUAUUGAUUCAAAACCUCAAUCCAAUGUCGCCAAGAGACCUCCGGGCUUCUACUGA